CACAAUGUGUACUAUACAUAUAUAUCUCACCAAGGCAAACUCUAUAUUCAUUAUUCAUUUUCAAAAACAUUGAACAACAAAAAGCAAUUAAUCAAGUACAACAAAAAAAAAAUUCCAACAAGCCUUGGAAUAUUUUGUAGCAUUUUUACCGUAAAAGGCGAGUCACCGGGGUGAAUCAAGCAGCAGGGCAGCAUUGAAGAUAAGCCAUCACCACAUAUGCUACCAAAUAGCCUGCUGUCAUUUUUCAAUUUUCAAAGGCUCCAACACUUGAAAAGCUUCGCGUGCUGCUGGGGGCAAUUUGCAUAAGCAUUAUAGGGCCCUGUUUUGUUGUUCAAGCAGGCUCGACCAACAAGCAUUCUCAACCGCCAGAUUGCUCCAAUUUACCCUUUAAGAUCACUUUUCUGCAGAAGGUACUGGGUCCAAAAUCUGGAUUGCCAUCCCUUAAACCCACACCACAUCACGAGCUGCAUAGUCUUUUUCUAGUGGCUCAGAUUCUAUGCUUCAAUCAGCUUUCAAUCUCCACCACCCAAUAUUUUCUCCCCCAUCAGCCAUGUUUUUGGGCUUUUGGGUUUUGGGGAUUGCUGCAAUUGUCAAAUAAUAACAACUUGGCACCAAGUUUAGUUGUUCAGACAAAAUACCAUUUCAUUCGAUCUCAAUGGCGUGAUUUCUUCAUCCUCAGACUCAUUGUCUGGUUAUGAGUAUCUAUCUUCAUCCUCAGACUCAUUGUCUGGUUAUGAGUAUCUAAGGAUGGCUUUUAUUUUAAUAGAGGUUGGCUAAGACUACAACCAAUCUCCUUCAAACGAUUGAGAUGUAGAGCGGCCUUUUUCUUUUUACAAGAGAGACUUAGAAUUGACACCUAGAAAGAAUACAGGAGAUAUGGGUGUAAAUCUUCUCAAAACAAUCGCAACGAAAUUCAGUCCGUGUGUGUUGGUUGGCUCUUAUUUUAAAAUAGGUAGCUCUAUCAAUAGUGUUUAUAGCUUGGGUUAGACCCUCGAAUCAAGCAGCAGUAUCAGCAAUAAUUCUGCCAAAAGAAUCUACUUUCUUCUCUUUCCUACACAUCAAGUUCACAUGCAGAAUGACAAAAGACUAUCACAUGUCUUUGUUUCUUGUGAAAAUGUUAAAUGACCUUCACUUUUUUACUUUGCUUUCAGUUAUAUCCUUACCCACCCAACUACUGACGCAGUGAAGCUCGUUACUUACAUUACUACUCCUCCCACCCUUCAUUACAUAUCCUGAUAUGCAUUGAACAUAAGAUAGGCACUUCUUCCAAAGAAGAAAAAGCGGCUUCUCUCUUAUCUUCCAAAAUUUAGCCAUGAAUCUGAUUCUACUCUUUGUCUUAGCUUCCUUGGUUCCAAGUUCCCUUCUGUUGGAAAUUCAGGCUGCUCAUUCCCACCCGUCAAGAACAUAUUCUCAUAUUACUGUCAUGGGUCUUGUUUAUUGUGACACCUGCUCCAACAACACCUUCUCCAAACACAGUUACUUCUUAUCAGGUGUAGAAGUCCGAAUCGACUGCAAAUUCAAAGCAGAAACGCCGCGUACGGCGGAGCAGAUAGCAUUCUCAGUAAACAGAACAACAAACAGAUACGGAAUUUACAAGCUGGAAAUACCUUCGGUGGACGGAAUCCGAUGUGCAGAGGAUUCGGCGAUGGUGUCGUUCUGCCAAGCGAGUUUGAUGGGAAGUUCAUCGUCAUCUUGCAACGUUCCUGGAUACAGAAGCACAUCGGGAGAGAUUUCGAUCAAAUCAAGACAGUCAAACAUUUGCAUUUACAGCUUAAACCCGUUGAAUUACAGGCCAUCAACAAGAGACGAUAUCUUAUGUGGUAAUUAGAAGAAGAAGAAGAAGAAGACGAAGAAGACGAAGAAAAUGAAGAUUACCUUUCGAUCUCAGCUUUGUUUUGCGUUUGCCCUAAUUUGAAGCCAUGGAUUGGAAUGUGUGAUUUUGUUUUUAUGAAUUAACAAAUUUGUGUGUAAUGUUGUUGUACAGAUUUGGAAAGAAGGAACCUCCAUGUGCUUUUGCUCUCU